GUAUGCACAAUGCAUUUGGCGACGGGAUUCUCCUCUUUUUCGUUUGUUAUUUGAACUUUGGUACCUCCUAGGCAUCACUCAUGCCACCACCGCAAACGUUUUCAACUCUAAACAGCCAUGAACUAUGGCAUCGUUGCUCAUAUUCCUACCGGCUUUGCUGCUAGCACUGCUCUGCCUCCGUCUGCUAGUGAACUGGCGAACGUUGAGUAAGGCACCUGGGCCAAUUCUUGCGGGCUGCACCGACCUCUGGAGAGCUUACUAUCAGUACAACGGAAAGCUAAGAAAGAAGCUCUUGGAUUUGCACUCUAAGCACGGUCCGAUAGUGCGGUAUGGCGUGCGUAGCAUCAGUAUCAAUGACCCAGAGGUCAUCAAUAUCGUCUACGGAAGCCGAGGGGGGUUCAUUACGGCAGACUCGUAUAAAGUGAUAAUUGGUAUUCAAAAUGGCAAAGAAGUGCCAAGUCUAGUUAGCACUGCGGAUGAGGUGCGUCACGGUGCCCUGCGCCGGUCCGUGGCCAACGCCUUCACGCCUACUGCGGUGCUAGAUUAUGAGAAAUGGAUAGAUGCAUCGAUCGAGGAACUCCUCGAUCUGGUAAGCAAGAAGUCGACCUUCGACAUCUCGUCAAUAAUUCUCUGGUACAACAUGGAUGCAGCAGGGCGAUUUUCCUUUGGCGAGCCGGUUGGAUGUUUGAAGGCUGAGGGUGAUGUAGGGGGUUCUAUUCAACUGAUCCGGGACCGUUUUAACCAUUGGGGUUGGUGGGGUUCACUACCUCAGUUGGAAAGACUGAUAUAUCGCAAUCCUAUCGCCUUGCGACAGAAGAUAGCACCGUCAAGUAUGGCGGCAGCGGCAGCAUCGAGACUCAAGUUGAGGGCGAGUCGAUCCAGCAACGAUCUAGCGCAUCCUGAUCUACUCCAAAAGUUCUUAGAUGCCAGCAAAGAUAGCCCUCAAGUGUUAGAUACCUCUGGGAUAAUUGGCAUGUUGAUGUCCACUAUAUCAGGGGCUGGCGACACAUCAGCAACGACAAUGACGGCAGCAAUAUUCUACUUACUCAAACAUCCUCAUUCGCUUAAGAAGCUAGAAGAAGAGCUCUCGCAGGCUGACUUGCCUGAGAUACCUACAGUUUCCCAGAUAAGCAAACUGCCUUAUCUCAACGCCGUCAUCAGAGAGACUAUGCGAGUAUUUCCGACCCCAACGGCCCCGAUGGAGCGACUGGUUCCCCAGGGGGGCGUUACAAUUGCAGGCAUGUUCUUCCCGAUGGGUACGAGCGUAGGGUGCAUGCCAUCAGCGGUGCACCAGAGAGUCGAUGUCUUUGGCGAAGACGUCAAUACUUUCCGCCCAGAGCGAUGGCUUAUAUCUGACCGCGAGCAGUUAAGAUGUAUGGAAGCUACUCACAUGGGGUUUAGUCGUGGGCGUCGCGUUUGCCUAGGACAGAAUAUCGCAGUUUUACAGAUGAAGAAGAGUCUAUCGGCGUUGCUCAUGAAAUUCAAGUUGAGCUUAGCCGACCCGAACGCGUCCCUUAAAGCGGACUUCUCCUCUGCUGUGGCCUGGCUCGGGCCAUUGUAUGUUAUAUCGCAGGUUAAGCAGCAAUAAGUUGUAGGACUAGGAGGGUAUGAGAGGGGUCGAAGGUUACCUACAUGUAGGUAGUAAUGCAUCUUACCAGGUACUCUGAUAUCAAUGUGGCUUCC